CAGGACCCAAAGCCGCUUCCCACCUCAGCACUCUGUGGGCCCAGCAAGGCCACAGUCCUCUCUGACUGUUCCUUGGCUAUGAAAUGGGAUAAUGGUCUUGACCUCCCGGCGUCCUAAGCAGUCAAGAUUCAGAGUGCCUGCACCCCACUAGGCCAAGUGGAGGGGGUCACCCCACCCAAUGGGCCUGGCCAGGGCCCUGCGCCGCCUCAGCGGCGCCCAAGAAUCAGGGGACAGCCGGGCAGGUGAUGAAGAGGAGGCUGGGCCCGGGCUGUGCGGCAACGGGUGGGCGCCAGCACAGUCCCGGGUGGGCCGGCGCCGGGGCCGCUUCGUCAAGAAGGACGGGCACUGCAACGUGCGCUUCGUGAACCUGGGCGGCCAGAACGCGCGCUACCUGAGUGACCUGUUCACCACGUGCGUGGAUGUGCGCUGGCGCUGGAUGUGCCUGCUCUUCUCCUGCUCCUUCCUGGGCUCCUGGCUGCUCUUCGGCCUGGCCUUUUGGCUCAUCGCCUCACUGCACGGCGACCUGACCGCCCCUCCACCACCUGCACCCUGCUUCUCCCAGGUGGCUAGCUUCCUGGCCGCCUUCCUCUUUGCGCUAGAGACGCAGACCUCCAUUGGCUAUGGCGUGCGCAGCGUCACCGAGGAGUGCCCGGCCGCCGUGGCCGCCGUGGUGCUGCAGUGCAUCGCAGGCUGCGUGCUCGAUGCCUUUGUCGUGGGUGCGGUCAUGGCCAAGAUGGCCAAGCCUAAGAAGCGCAACGAGACGCUCGUCUUCAGCGAGAACGCCGUUGUGGCACUGCGGGACCACCGCCUCUGCCUCAUGUGGCGCGUGGGCAACCUGCGCCGUAGCCACCUGGUGGAGGCCCACGUGCGGGCCCAGCUGCUGCAGCCCCGUGUGACCCCGGAGGGUGAGUACAUCCCGCUGGACCACCAGGAUGUGGAUGUGGGCUUUGACGGAGGCACCGAUCGCAUCUUCCUCGUGUCUCCCAUCACCAUCGUGCAUGAGAUCGACUCUGCCAGUCCUCUGUAUGAGCUGGGACGUGCGGAGCUGGCCCGGGCCGACUUUGAGCUAGUGGUCAUUCUCGAGGGCAUGGUUGAAGCCACAGCCAUGACCACACAGUGUCGCUCUUCUUACCUCCCCAGUGAGCUACUUUGGGGCCAUCGUUUUGAACCAGUCCUCUUCCAGCGUGGCUCUCAGUAUGAGGUCGACUAUCGCCACUUCCAUCGCACUUAUGAGGUCCCAGGGACACCUGUCUGCAGUGCCAAGGAGCUGGACGAACGGGCAGAGCAGGCUUCCCACAGCCCCAAGUCUAGUUUCCCCGGCUCUCUGGCUGCAUUUUGUUAUGAAAAUGAACUUGCUCUGAGCUGCUGCCAGGAGGAAGAAGAGGAAGAGGAGGCCAAGGAGGGGCCUGGGGAAGAGACAGAAGAUGGAGCUGCCAGCCCCCCAGUUCUUACACCAACCCUGGAGCUGACUCUGCCCCCAUGAAAAAGCUGAGGUCCCCUUCCCCACUUGUGCCCCUUUGCCAUAGAGAGGUUGGGCCCUCUUAUUGGGAUGGGGACAUGUGUUUUCCAAGACCAACAGGAGAUUGGGUAAAUCAUUAGCUGGUGAGGUUUUGCCAUUUCUAGCAGACCCACCACAGAUAUAUUACUGGACCUUAAAUCAUCUGCUUCUGUGCUCCCUCCUCAGACCCCUUCAUGAACCCAAUUCCUGAGUCUUAACAGAGCCGAAAGAUCCAGAAAUUCUGAAUCCAAAAGGCAAGGACUGGUGGUUCUAGAGUCCUACAAGUUUGGGCUGGUUGUUGAGCAGGGUCAGAAAUCAAUGGGACAGACUUCCUCUGGGGAGGAAGUGGACAGUUCCUGGACAGCAACAGAGCUCAAGAAUCUUUAGGUCUGGGUUGACCUAAGAUUCAAGGACUGCUGCUGCUUAACUCAACCAACUGAGAAGCAAAUCAUUUCUCCAGACCACCUCAGGAGGGAAAGUCAUGGAAUCCUCCAGGUAUUCAAGACCAUCUCAAUUGACCAAAGAUAAAGAAGGCAACUGUAUGUCAAGAAAAGACCCUGUGAUUCCAGAAAGCAGGAGUUAAGAUUCUGUGAGUCUCAGUUGACCACAGAGGCAAACCACUGGUGAUUCUAGAACAGGUUGACCUAGAAUUGCACUACUCCAGAUACAGAGUGAUAGGUCUAGAAUGCAUGAAACAAUGAUGAGUCUGUGGCUUUAGGAGGACCAAAGUGACCGAGUGGGUCACUUUGAUAUUAGAAAACUUCAGACUGCUGGUUUUAGAACACCUGACUGAGGGGAUACGCACUGCUGGUAAAUGUUUCUGGCUGAAGAAUGUUCUAGAAUGUCCAAAGGAAUCAGGAUUCUGUGGCUCUCAGUUGAUCACAGAGUUGGUGAAAGGGUGGUGUUUCUAGAUGUUUGCUAUUUGCUGGUCCAAGUUUGCCCAAUAGAGUUGAGAACCUUGAUGACCCUAGCUAACUUCUUGUGGUUCUGUAAUGCCAAAGGCAUCAAGGCUCCAGGGAUCCAGAGUAUCCUUCCCCAAAGACCAGAGGCUCUAAUUGCCUCCAGAUGGGCUGCUGGCACUUCUAGGAGGUGGACUUGGGACUUGCUAAGUAGCAUUUCUGAUGUCUCCUAGCAGAUGAGGGUUCAGGUGAGUCCUGGAUGUCACAGGGCUAAGUAGCGGGUGAGGCAAGGGGGAAGCCCAAGGCUGGUAAGUCUAGAAUGCUCUGGGACACUGCACCUAGUGAUGUGUCUCUAUUUCUUAAAUGUAUUAUACAUACAUGUAUUAUAUAUGUACAUAUAUAAUAUAAAUACAGAUAUCAAUCUAUUUUUCCCCUGGUUUCUACAGCAAGGUUAGAAAUUGAUUUCAAGCUAAUUGGAAUGGAGUCCUUUUCAAGGAUCCAGGAAGCUUUGCUCUAAAUCCCAAGUGCCCCAAUUUACUGUGCAAUUUUGGGCAAAUCAUGUCCCUCUUUGCCUCAGUUUCCCCGUCUGUGAAAAUGGGGCAUUGGAACCUGAAGUCCUCCAAGGGCCUUUCUAGCAGAUGACUCCUCCCCUUGUGGGGGGUGUGGGUCCUGGAGAUUUUCCAACUCCUGGUGCUGGAACACAUGCCCUUCUGGGGGCAACUGGGAUGGGAGAUGAUCUUAAAGGUUGGCUCUGAACUUCAGUGUCUGAAUCACAGGGCCAGCAAGAAGUAGCAUGAACUGGGCUAUGGGCCAGAGUCCUCACUUCCCUCAUCAGCUCAGGGGACCGGGGAAGGAGAAGAAUGCCAGGG